CCUGUCCGAUUGCAGCGGCUUCCCUUCGUUACUCAGACCAGAAGAAAGCCGGGACGUGACGGAACAGGGGGGGUUUGCUCGCUGGAGGCCCAUUAAACACCGAUAAACACAGCUUCCUCGUCGCUUAAGACACGUCUGUGACCUACCUGAACCCAUCGCACUUGUUUCAUCUUAGAACUAAUAUCACUAACAUGUCCUGGCAAAGCUACGUGGACAACCUGAUGGCUGACGGCAGCUGCCAGGACGCGGCCAUUGUUGGCUACACGGACGCCAAGUACGUCUGGGCAUCGUUCGCCGGUGGUACUUUUGCCAAUUUGACGCCUGAAGAAAUCGAUGUGUUAAUAGGAAAGGACCGAGAGGGCUUCUUCACCUGUGGGCUGACCUUAGGCAAUAAAAAGUGCUCUGUUAUCAGAGACAGCCUCCAAAUUGAAGGUGACUGGACAAUGGACAUCCGGACAAAGAGUCAAGGAGGAGAGCCAACAUACAAUGUAUCUGUAGGCAGAGCUGGAAAAGCGUUGGUUUUUGUCAUGGGGAAGGAAGGUGUCCAUGGAGGACAGCUCAACAAGAAAGCAUUUCAGAUGGCCGAUUACCUGAGGAAGUCUGGAUACUAAAGCCUGUUGUGGCCACCUAGCGGCUCACCCUUACCACCCUGUCGCAUUUCACACCACUUCCACUUAGUCAUUUUCUUUUCUUUUUUUCUGCCUUUUCUCUCUCUACCUUUUUUCUCUCCCCUGUUCCCCUAACCUGCCCCCCCCUUCCCCUUUUCCACAAUCCACUCGCGCUGUGAUCUCUUAUCCCCCCUUUAAGCACUAUAAGUUGAUGCAUAGUAAAGGUGAGCAUGAUGCUAACAGGAUAUCAUAACAAAUCUGUACUAAACCAGAGAAAUUGUGGCCAUAAAAGGAAAAUGAAGACUGACAUCCAAUUGAAGUGUGCAUUUCUUCCAGUCAUGGUGCCCAUUACUUAUUAGUCCUCGACCCCCACCCGUCUAAAACACUCCCUCCUUGUGCAGUCGAUGCCUUUGGAGCACUUGAGUGGUAACGAGCUCAUCAUGUCUUCCUAUUUUUGUCUUUUGGGGGGGAGGGGGGUGUACAUGCAUAUCUGGGUCCAGUUAGUUUCCCUCCUCUACUCCUGUCUGCCAAAUCGUCUUUUCCUCCCCUCUCUACUUCCUGUUUGCUUUCGACACUACACAGGAAACACUACACACGCCUCCUGACCUGUCCUUCCACAUCCUCCUCUCUGUCCUCAAAGCGUUGUCUAAAUGGGAUGGUGUGUGUGUGGGAGACGCUGGGAUCAACUCUGUUAAACGAUUACAAACCCGAUGGUCCGGACGCCGGUGGCUCCUCCCACCGCCCCGCCAUGCCACCAUCACAGCGUCUGCAGCGACACAAGCCCAUGGACAUUCCACAGUAACUCUGGCUCAGGCACUUCCUCCUGUUCGGUUUCAGCUCCUGUUCAUGUAUUUUCCUUGUAUUGUUUUUUUAAAAGGCUGCCAUUUUUUUGGACAGUAGACAUCCCAGCAUAUAACCAUCUGGAGCUCGUCCAGUUAGAAUUUCUACUUUUGUUUUUAGAGGACCAAGUGUAGUUGAAGCUCGGGCGUUUCUAAUCAUAUGAAGGAUGACAGCUUUUUUUUUUUUUUUUUUAGUUUUGAACACUAAUCCGACUGUAAAGCUAAGGUUAAAAUACCCAUGACGCUCCAGGGGAGGUAAGGGUGGAAGCACCGGAAGGAAACUCAAGUCACUACUUUUUAUUUCUGUCAUGUUUAGACAAAACCCAUGCAUUUGUCCAAACCCAUGCUGUGUUGACAACUGUAAAACUGUGGAAUAAAUGGCCUUCUACUCUUCUAGUCAGCUGACCUGGGAUAUUGCACGGUCUGCCCAUGCUCAGUACUGCUAACUGUAACGUCCAACUAAAACACUUCUAAAAGAGCAAGAGAUGACACUCAAUGGGCGAUGGGUCGGUUGGAACCAUGACACUUCUGGUUGUCUUUGUUGAAUUGUAAUUGCAGAACCUGUGUAUCCUGUGCCAUAAACGUAGAGAUCUGUUGCUGUUGUCAGACUGGUUUCGCCCACUUUCACCACUUCAUUUCAUUGGCACUUUUCAUUUGUACUUUUUUUUUUUUUUUUUUUUUUUGAACGCUUCAUCUCCACUCUUAGGCAUUGUGGGAUAUGUGUACUCAAACAGUUUGAAGUCCUGUUUGCUCAUUUAUGUUCGUUUCUUUUCCUCACUACUUUUUUUUUUCUUACAUCUGGGAUACAGUCUCUUUAAUGCAUCUGAUUUCAUAUGCAUAAAACUGAGAAAUGCCAUAAAUUGAUUUAUCACCUUGUUUACAGACAGAUCAAAUAAAUUUAUUCCAACCAGAUUAAA